AAUUUACAAAUAAAUUGAAAUUUAAGGAGAUGGCUUCUAAGAUCAAAUCGAAGGAUCAUAAUUAUUUGUUGGUGGAGUACGUGGAAAACUCGAGAACUUAUUAUAGAAUCGCCAGAUCCUGCGACCUCGUCAGCUGCAGCAGAUUCUCACUGGACCAACGGCUUCAUUUCCAAUUUGAGGACGAUCUGACUAAAAUCUGCAACGUAAUUAUUACAUCGAAUGACGUGGAUUAUCUCAACGACGAAUUGGCCAAUAUCUUGGAAGAUUGUGAAAAUCUGAACAACAACAAUAACAACAACAACAACAAAAUGAAACAGUUCAAAUCAUGCGAUGCCUUGAAUACAAGUAUACGAGAUGAAACUCAGUUCAAAUCCGGCUUAAGUAUGAUCAAUUUGAAGAAACCUCGCGCCCCCAAAACCGUGUCCAACAAUCUUUUCAAGAGUUUGGACGAGCUCAAAAAUUCGAUGUCCAGAUUGACGCAGUUGGAUGAAAACGCACAUCCAAAUAAACCGUUCGUUUUCGGACCGAACGGAACGGAAAUAUCCGCGCGAUGCUUCAGUCGCGUCACGUGGAGUUGCCACAAAUCGGCGACGCGCACUUUACUCAAGGCCUGUUUCAGCGAUCAAAUGUUGGCAAAUCAUUGUUCGCCAGGAAGAAAGGAUGCGAUGCGGCAGAAACCGCAGUUGAACGCGAGGAAACUCGAGGAUAUAAUCGCUGUUGUCACCGAGAGAUGUUACGCGAGUAAAGCUGAUGUACUCGAAGUGAUCUCGAAUCUGUGCAGAUACGAACACACGAAGAUGAAAAGGCACUUGGAAAGUUCACCGUUCAAGUUCAGUUUGUAA